AUGGCCGGAAACUAUCUAGUCACUCCACACUCUAAGGAUCCAAUUCAUCAAAUGGAAGCCCAAGAGGAAGUCAGAAUUGAAAUCUAUCCAUCGAUUGGAACCGUCGAGCACGUUAGCUUUUACACUCGCUUCAAGAAAUUCAUCGUCAACACCGUGGCCAACAUGAUUUGUGGAGUCGCCAACCACCCAUACAACUUCUUCGUGAAAAACGCUGCACCAGAGAACAUGCAGACUGUCCAGAUCACCCUCGACUUCCCACCAGUUUAA